AUGUCAUACAAGCAAUAUUUUGAUAAGUUACCUUCGAAAUUAAAGUCAUUUUUCCAAAGAUAUCCGCCUUCAAUCAAGUAUUCUUCAGUGUCAACAUCAACCAAGGCCAUCGAUGCCAACCCCUUCUUGCCGAAUAAGCACCCGGUAACGGAGCGGUUCCAUGACCCAAAAUAUUCACUAAGAAGGAUGAGUGACGUAUAUAAGUUGGCAGUGCGCUAUGGAGUACAAGAGUUUUUACCACCUAUCGAAAAUACGAAGAAAGUUUUCUUCGAAGAGAAAUACGAUAAGAAGACUUUCAUGAAGGGUGUCCUAAUGCCUAAAGGUCAUAAACAUGAAUUGAAAUCAAACGAGAAGUUAAAAAAGCGCGAAGAGGCUUUGAAGAACAUAGACGAUUUGAUUGCUUCCAAGAAGGGUUCGAAGUAUGCCAAGAAAUUAGAUAAAAUGAAAAAAACCCAAAGUAUAGGCUGGUUCUGA